CUGCCGGCCUGCAUAUCCAAGUCCUCCUCAGCAGCAGCAGUGUCCACGGGGACCCCGUCUUCAUUCCGAGCACGAGUUCGAAUUAUUUGCAAGAGAUCGGAGAAUACGAAAGGGAAAUUGUUCUGGGAUUUCGCAUCGUCGCCACCGCCGCCCCUCGUCGCAAUGUUUCGUUUCACAGAGCUGGCCUGUUUCGUCGCGACCUGGUCGCUCACCGUCGCCCACACCGUUAUCGUUUAUCCGGGAUGGAGAGGGAACAACAUCCACACCAACGGCACCGUCUCGCAGAAUGACGAGAAUAUAAAGCCGGGUUCGCUGGGCAUCAAUUGGGAGAAUGGCACAUACGGAUUUCCAUAUGGCAUGCAGUGGAUGUAUCCAUGCGGCGGCAUGCCCACCUCACAAAAUCGCACAAAGUGGCCGCUAAAGGGCGGCGCUAUAUCCAUCCAGCCCGGCUGGUUCCCGGGCCACGCACUCGCCCUCUUCUACAUCAACAUGGGCUUCGGCAACGAGCCGCUCAACUACUCGCACUCGAUGCUGCCCGUCUUCCAGAUCACCGGCCCCUCGAACGUGCAGUACAACGGCUCGUUUUGCCUGCCGCAGGUGCCGCUGCCGGCGAAUUAUACGCCUAAGGUGGGCGACAAUGCCACCAUUCAGGUCAUUGAGACGGCACAGCAUGGCGCAGCACUUUACAACUGCGCUGAUAUCACUUUCGCGGAGCCAGAAGACGUGCCCGAGGUGAACGAGACGAACUGCCUUAACACGACACAACCAGGCCAGGAUAUUGGCUUCCAGCUCGUGUACACGACCACCUCUUCGCCCGCCGCGCCCACCGUCAUGCUCAACGGAUACGUCUCGCUGCUUGUGCCGCUCAUACUGACCGCUGCGACUUGGAUAACAUGGCUAUAAGCCUAUUCAUCCUCCCCCUGUUAUUCUCGUCGACUUUCGGCAUCUACUACUACUAUUUGAUUCAUCUUCGAGCGGGCGGGCGUACGGGCGCAUGAUAUCCAGGAGCGACGACUAUUUCUCGUAAAGGCGUCGAGGUUGACGUAUCAAUCUUUUCAUUCUCACCUUACCUCCAAUCUUUAUCAUCACUGGCGAUAAUUUUACCGAGCAGAAGACGGUCGGCGAGCCG